GAUAAAGCAGAUUCUUGCUGUGCGGCUCCAAAUCCGAAUCGCGACUCGCGGCGAGUGAGUCGUGAGUUAGCCGACAUGCGACGCUUAGUGAGACAAAGUCGAAGCUUCGUGUAGAGGAAAGGAAGUCCGUGCGGUAGGCCGGUAGACACAUUUUCUUUUAACACUCCUAAAGCCAUAACCUCAGAUUCCUAUGGCCAUUUAUUAUUUAUCCAAAAAUGAAAAAUAAAUAAUUAAAUCAAGUUUUGUUCAUAUAAUAUAAAUCGUUGAAAGAAAAAGUGCUUCAUAUAUGAGGUCAAACUGAUUCGAUUGCCAGUAAAUCAACGUUUGCAUUUAUUCAUAGCAGGAAAAUGACAACGCUUUUAAAAGUGUGUAAUGGAUUGCAACCACUUAAAGGAUUUCUUCAGCCAACAUUAGAAACUUUUACUCUGCCAAACCGAGGAAAAAAGUUAUUGAAUCCAUAUCCCAGGAAAAGGUUUCCACCCUGGUUUGUGAAACAAACUCGAGUGCAACAUGAAGAAGACUUGACCAAAGAAAACAAGGAAUUCAUACAAACUGUCAUAAGAGAUAAGUAUCCACUGCCGGACAUUGGAUUUGGAAGUGCCUCGCCAUUGAAAUUAGAGACAAUUGAACCAGUAACUGAAUGGAAACCACAUUACCAACGCGUUGGUGUCCUUGCCAGAAAAAUUGGUAUUGUGCCUAUGUGGAUGAAAGAUGGUAAAAAAGUUCUGACAACAAUGUUUCAAGUUGCUGAUAAUCAUGUAAUUAAAUACAUACCUCCAGAAGAAUACAAGCCCAUGAUAACACAAAAGAAGAAUCCUUUACCAAGGAAUACUGGGUGCCUCUUAGUUGGAGCUGAUAGUUGUGAUCCUCAACUUUUCACUAAAGAAUACUGUGGAUUAUUUAAUGAAGCUGGGGUAAUGCCAAAACGUUUAUUGGCCAGAUUUCAUGUAUCACCUGAAGGAGCAUUGCAACCUGGCACCCCUCUUUUUGCAACUCAUUACAAAAUUGGUCAAUACAUUGACAUAAGAGGAAAAACAAUAGACAGAGGAUUCCAAGGUGUAAUGAAAAGGUGGGGAUUCCAUGGUAUGCCUGCUAGUCACGGUGUCACAAAAACUCACAGAAGGCCAGGAAACAUAGGUUCAGGAGGAAAAAAAGCUCGUGUAAUGCCAGGAACAAAACUGCCUGGUCACAUGGGAAAUAGAUACCGCAUAGUGAAAGCACAAAGAAUUGUUCGAAUUAACACAAGAUAUAAUGUUAUUUGGGUUCUUGGACAAGCAUCAGCAGGCGAAACAAAUAGUUUAGUGCAAUUUUACGACACAAUUGUACCAUUAAAAACUUGUAAAGCUUUGAAUUCGCCACCACAUUUCCCGACAUAUAUUCCAACGAAUGAAGAUGAAGUAUUACCUGAGGAACUGUUUGUAGAUGAUUUGCAUAACUUUAACGACCCCACAAUCAUGUAUGAAGUAGAAGAAUAAAUUCGCGUAGUUUAUAUUGUCCAAGUUCUUUAAUAAAGUUUCGUUACAAAAUUUUA